CACAGCUUUGCUCUCAAGGCUCUUCGGGAUGUGAUGGGAUGGGUGGAACAGCCUGAACUCCCCAGUUAUUUGCAGUCAUUGGGAAAGGAGCUGAACCUGCUGCCCUGCUGAUGUGAGGCCCCUGAUUGGUCCUGCCGAGGGGCUGAUCCGACAGCCCUGGGGGUACAAACAGCAGGCUGGGAUGGGCAGAGCCACUGGGACCCGUGGGGUUCAGGCAGAGCUUUUGGGGCAUGUGGGGCUCAGGCUGCGGGUGGGGGAGCCUUAGCAGAGAGAUCAAGCACGUUUUGCUAGUCAGAGUAUUUGGUAUGAAUUAGCAGAACAGGGGGAGCAGUCUGAUGAGGUCAGUACUUUGGUGUUGGGCAAGGUAAAUAUGGAAUCACCAGAACAUCUUGGUGAAGAGCUCAGGAAGACUUGGCAGGUGAUUUUUUGGCUAGAGGUUCUGUCACAGGCUCUGCCUGCUGAGGGCAGAAACUGGGCUGGCUGGGGCUGUGGUGCAGAGCUGCCCUCCAAGGAAGGCAGCAAGGGACAGUGAUACUUCACUGGCUGUUCUAGGUGGGAAGAAUUUUAUGUCAUGGGUCCAGUUGGAGUGAGGGAUGACAGAUUUAUUUAUGUGUGCUGAAAGAAGGGUUGGCAGAAUGCAAUUACAGCCUGGUUGUGUUCUGUCUUGGUACAGUCACAGGCCCAAGUGGCUCCAGAUCAUGGUAGUUUUAGCCAGACUAGGGACUAACAGGAUGGUAAAUGCAAGAGGAAAAAACCCCGUGUUGUUUUCAUCAUGCUGAGGGACAACAUCAGUGUAACUGGGUCUUGUGACACAGCUGCUUCUGUAAUGAAGACAGGAUCUUAGAUGACGAUGUAUCAAGAACAUCAAGGAGGUAAAGCCUGAGGUGAAUUCAGGGAUCUCAGCUGAACUCAGGGAUCUGAAGAAGACCUGUUUCUGCCCUGCUUCAGAGGAGAGAGUACAGCAGGUGACUCUGCAGCUGGGAGAAGCUGCAGAGAUUAUCAGGGAGAAAACCAGCCAAGGAGGACGUGGCAUGUGGUAGCUCAAGAGGAGAAGGUAUUUUCUCCUCGGGACCUGGAUGAGAGCAUGGAAAUAGAAACUGGGCUCAGAACAGUUAAAAGGAAAGAGGGAGGGAGAAAGGAGUGGGAGCUAAAGCAGCCUUGAAAGUACUGGCCCCACCCUAGUGGGUGCAAAUGAAAGGAAGGGGGGCUGCAGCAGGUGAGGAAGUCUUCAUUAAGGAGACCUUAAUGAGACAAUAAAAGCCUCUGUGAAAGCUAGCAGUCCCUGUGCCCUUCCUCUGGUGAAACUUCCCUGGAGAAACGUUAUGACAACUGCUUCAGCAAGUGGACGCAUCGUGCAAGAGGUCGUUAUUUACAGCUACCAGCUUUACUGAGCUCUUCCUUGCAUUUCAUCUUUAUUUCCUCCUAGAAGUGGAAAAACAACUUAGGUUUGAUGUUUUGUGUGCCAUUCACUGAAACUGGGGCCAUCAUGAAUAUAACCAAGGGUGGACUGGUGCUGUUUUCAGCUAAUUCCAAUUCAUCAUGCAUGGAACUAUCGAAGAGGAUUGCUGAGCGCUUAGGAGUUGAAAUGGGGAAGGUUCAGGUGUAUCAGGAACCCAACAGAGAAACAAGAGUGCAGAUCCAGGAGUCUGUGAGAGGAAAGGAUGUAUUUAUCAUCCAAACAGUUUCAAAGGAUGUGAAUACUACCAUCAUGGAGCUGCUGAUCAUGGUGUACGCCUGUAAAACCUCCUGUGCCAAAAGCAUUAUUGGAGUAAUUCCUUACUUCCCCUACAGCAAACAGUGCAAGAUGAGGAAAAGGGGCUCCAUUGUCUCUAAAUUACUGGCUUCAAUGAUGUGUAAAGCUGGACUAACUCAUCUUAUUACCAUGGAUUUACAUCAGAAGGAAAUACAGGGCUUCUUCAAUAUUCCAGUUGAUAACUUGAGAGCAUCUCCAUUCUUACUACAGUACAUCCAAGAAGAGAUACCAGACUACAGGAAUGCUGUAAUUGUGGCCAAAUCACCUGCGUCUGCAAAGAGGGCACAAUCAUUCGCUGAGCGCUUGCGGUUGGGAAUCGCUGUGAUCCACGGGGAAGCUCAGGAUGCAGAGUCUGACAUGGUGGAUGGUCGGCACUCACCACCCACAGCCAAAAAUGUUGCUGCCAUUCACCCCAGUUUGGAGAUACCCAUGCUGAUUCCCAAGGAAAAACCACCCAUCACAGUUGUGGGAGAUGUAGGAGGAAGAAUAGCUAUCAUCGUGGAUGACAUCAUAGAUGACGUUGACAGCUUUCUUGCUGCAGCUGAGACUCUGAAGGAGAGGGGGGCCUACAAGAUCUUUGUGAUGGCCACACAUGGCCUGUUGUCUUCAGAUGCUCCCAGGCUGAUAGAGGAAUCUGCCAUUGAUGAAGUGGUUGUUACAAACACAAUUCCACAUGAAAUACAAAAACUCCAGUGCCCCAAAAUCAAGACUGUGGAUAUCAGCAUGAUCCUCUCGGAAGCCAUUCGCAGGAUCCAUAAUGGGGAGUCCAUGUCGUACCUUUUCAGGAAUAUAGGACUGGAUGAUUAAUGCUUUUUAAUCUAAGGAAACACCCUGGGCCAAACUGGAAGCAAACAGAUAACGAGCUGUGAAGCAUCAUGCUUAACCUUAACAUUUUUAUUGAGCCACUUUUUGUUUCUCUUGGUUUAAGUAUCAAGGUAGAACAGUUUUUAAGAGCUUUUAUUUUUUUCUUUUCUUUGCAGGGUUUUUUUUUUUUGGUGGGGGGGUGGGUGGGGAAUAAACAUUUUACAAAAAAAAACCCAAACCUGUUCUAGUUGCUUUUAGGCUAGUUGCACUACAUAAAUGAUGGAAAAAGCCCACAAAACACUUGAGGCAAGAAUUUGGCUUCUAAAUUAAGCAUUCCUUCUCCAAAGCUGCUUGCUACAAGUGCUUGAAAAUGAAUAAAAUGAAGUGACUGUAUAAUAUUUGCAUUUUAAAAGCCAAAAAGGUUGUACUGUUGUAUGCAGUUCAGUGGUUUUGUAGGAGUGCUUUUAUAGAAAAGCAUAUGAAAUAUGCACCUGUAUUUAUUUUCUGCAAUGAAGAAUAAAGACUUGUUUUGUGUGAGCUUUCUAAAAAUGA